AUGGAAGUCACCUCACGAAUGUUUGGUAAACCAAAGCCUGUAUAUUAUGGAACAGUAGCCCCAUGUCCACACUUCAGUGCUAGUGGUGAUGCAGCAGCUCUUGAGAAAGCCAUUGAAGCCAAAGGUAAGAACACCAUGUAUCAGAAUACUCCAACUGCCAAGCCCCACUCCCACUGGGCACAGACAUCAGUUCAUCAUCUAGUUUUGAUUUACAUUAGGUUGAGUUGUCAACAAACGUGAAAUCAACCACAAAAAAUUACACGUUCAUGUUGAUUCAUCAUCACAUAAUUUGUUUGUUGUUGAAAUUAUGUGGAAACAAUGUUGAUUCAACCCGUGUUUGCCCAAUGUGCUUCUAUUCACUCAAUCUGUGUUGUGUUUUUAUUAUUGAUCAAUAUUACAUCUACAGGAUUGGAUGAGGAUGUGAUUAUGACAGUUCUGGUGAAGAGGAGCAAUGGGCAGAGACAACAAAUCAAAAGAGUCUAUGAGCAGUCUACUGGGCAUAUGAGUCACAACAUUGUCCCCUCAGCCAAUCAACACUCCUAACUGCCCCUUACACACCUCCCCAAACUGUUACCACCUUAAUAACCCCCUCCCCUCCAUCUUGUUUCAGGCUCUGACUGAUGACCUGAAGUCAGCUCUGAGGUCAGAUCUGAAGGAUGUGGUUUUGGCCCUGCUGAUGACCCCUGACCAAUUUGAUGCCCACCAGCUCAGACAAGCUACAAAG